GACGAUUCUCCCUUGGUAUUCCUUCUGUCCGCUACUGCACCUUUCUUCAUCCCCGCUCUAGUCGAUUGUCAAUUUGUCGAGAGGACCAGUCAGUUAUCCGACCAUUUGGGCUCCCACUCAACCUCCGUGCCUCCACUCCUCGCCUGAUCCACUCGGCUGGCCACCAACCGACCCUGUCACGCCUGUGCCCUGUCCCCUACGGAGCCCAACUGUCACGCUGUCAGUCUUUUCCCCGUCAUCCUGGUCUCUCCCUCCCUGGCCUCCCUGGCGACAUCAAUAUCGCCCAGCCUGUCAGGUCAUCAAAAUUUACUCUGCAUUCCAUUAUCCUGUUUAAGUCAUCCCUCCGAAUUUUCAACGGACUCGCCGCCCACGAGGUUGUUCAUGGCUGUUUGACAAAAGCCUAUUUCUGCCCCGAGACCCUGCUACACGCCGACUGACUUGUUUGCGGACCUCAUCUCAUCACAGCCUUGCAACCUACCUCCGACGCCAGUCUAACUCAGGUAGUUUGCUCCUUUUCUGUCGCGAGUGCCGUGGCAGAAGUGAGGUGCAAUUCGCCGUUCCAUUAUUACUGCUCAACCGGCAAACUACAAUUCUCCACGCCAUUUGAGCCAUCUACCAUUUUCCAUUUAUUACACUUUCUUUCCCGGACUCACGCGCUUUGCGUCAAAAUAGCCACUCCCCACUUACCACUCGUUGCCGAUUGUAUGGUUGAGAUCGAGCAGUGUCUUAGUACUUGGCAGGGAACUCCUAGCGUCGUCGAUACUAAAUCCCCUACAAACUCAUCGUCGACCAACUUCGCCUCCGGACAUUUUGCUGCUGGACAGCCAAUCCUGUGUCCAAAUCACUCUUUUUGACGCCGGGACACAAGGGCACAGGACACAGGACACAAGCCUCAGGACGUUUUAGUGCAACAUUUGCCUUGACCCUUCUCCUCCACAGCCGAACUUGCUGCUAGUUUGUCCCAAAACUUUGUAUCAAGUACUCCGCCAAAGUCGACGUCUGUCCAAAACUACUCUGGUCGACCUCUGGAAUUCCCUCGACAUUCGGAGCCAGGUUAAUUCGUGGCUUGAUCUCAACAUUUACCUCUCUACUAGCUUUUGCAAAAGUUGGGUUCUUGUUCGGCGUGGGUCCUGAUCGAACCAUCCGUCGCUCUUUCUCCGUGCAAAUCCACAUCACCGACGUCUGCCAUUUGCCGCUUCUCACUGUUCGGCAGGAGGACCUCAGAGAUCCACAUUUGUCAUUUCUAGAGAUACAAAGAUGUAUGGGAAUCCCUCACGACCUCGUCUACCUCCAUAUUCUCUGCCACCACAGCACAACAUGUCUACUCAGCAUACCGUACCUCCCCAACAUACUCUUCCUCCUAUCCACGGAGCAAGUUCUCAACAUGGCAUCCAGCCACAGCACCAGUAUUCCUCUUCUAGCAACCCACCUCCAUCACAUCAGCAGCGGCAUCCGGCACCUCUUUCGCUUGCAACACAAAACCCUGAAUCAUUAAACUAUCCAGGCUAUAACACCGUGGCCCCCCCUCCUCCCAGUCCAUCCCAGGCGAGUGAAGUCGCCGAUGAUGGCAACUACAAUCUGCCCGAGAUUCCUCCAGUGAGUCGAGUAUGGCGCAACUAUGUGUGGGCUCUACAAAUUGUUCAACAGCCCAUCCGUGCCAGAAUGUGUGGCUUUGGCGACAAGGAUCGCCGCCCUAUUUCCCCUCCCCCGUGCAUCAGACUGAUCAUCUUUGAUCCGGUUUCGGGCAACGAAAUCGAUUAUUCGAAGGUGUCGGAUCUCUCCUGCCUCGUCCUGAAUGUGGACCUAUGGAAUCUUUCAGGUACGCGAGAGGACAAUCUCGUCAGACACAACAACGCAUCGCCUUCCAUUUCCUCGGUUUCCACCACCGCUUUCGUUGCCCCCGUCAACCCUCCGACCUCCAUGUCCUCCAAGCCCGCCCCUUAUUCGGGAGAAGUUCCCUAUGGGCCGGUGCCCCCCACCCCGGCCUUUUCACCUGUCUCGACUUCGUCAGGCUCUGCCAUGAGUCCAGAUGAUCCAACUGGUCAUGGUAACGGCAUGCCAGGAUACCACCACCGAAACCCCAUGCAUCCUUACGAUCACCAUCCCUCGCAAUACCAGAACGGCUAUGCGCCAAACUACAACUCUCAGGCAGCAAUUGCAAACAUGCCACCAGGCAUGUCAUCCUCUCCAUCUGCACGUUCAAGCCAAGACUUCGGCGCACCUCGAGACAUGAGUGAACGUCCUCUGAUUGCCAAGAAUCUUAUUGGGAGCUCAUCAUCUAGUGCAUUCAAGCUUGCCGACGAGGAUGGCAAAGUUGGUCUGUGGUUUGUGCUGCAAGAUUUGAGUGUCCGCACCGAAGGCUGGUUUCGGUUGAAGUUGAGUUUCUUCAACCUCUCGGCACAGGAAAUUACAGCGGGUCUUGAUGCACCGCAAGGGGACUUGCUCGCUGAAGCGCCUUGUCUCUCGUCCAUUUUCAGCCGUCCUUUCAAGGUAUUCAGUGCCAAGAAAUUUCCUGGUGUCAUCGAGACCACAAGCCUGAGCCGACAGUUUGCUCAACAGGGGAUCAAAAUACCAAUUCGCAAGGAUGGACACGGUAAAAAAAGAAGAAGAGACGGUGACGAUGAUGACGACGAUGACGAAGGCGACUAUGAUGAGUAGACAUCGUGGUGAGUAGAAAUCGCCGACUUUGGACAAAGACUCUUCAUAGAGUGCCAUGUUUGGUCAUGGCCGCCCACUGGAUCGAUAGAUUGGAAUAGAGUGGGCACACAGCAGAAGUCGUCCUCGCACAGGAAGCUUGCAUGUACGGCGUUGGGGUUUGGACAAUUGAGAAAACCUGUCUGCGCGGUUGACUCGCAGGCUAAUCGCUAAAGGUGGUGGACAGAGCCUGAUGGCCUGCUUUGAUUCAUCCUGUUCAUGAUGUUUGACACGAGAUUCCCAUUGAGAAUUGGGGUAAAAAUGGACUAUUUAAUAAUUGAGCGAUCGACCCAUGUGUCGAUGAUUGUACUUUU